CUUCUCAUUUCUCUCCAAACAUUAUCGACACAUAAGCCUAAUAUCAAUCGUGGGCAUUACAGCCUUGCACAGGGAGAAGAUGGUUACCCUUACUAGAGAGCAGAUCAAAGAUCGUAUUCUCGGUUGCUUAUUUGGCAAUGCAGUAGGAGAUGCAUAUGGGUUGGCGACAGAAUUCAUGUCCAAGGAGACUGCCCGGAAACGUUAUGGCAAUGGACCUAUUGCAUUUGGUCUAGAUCCGGGCUAUCCCAUCUGGAUUGAUUAUCAUCGCUCAAAAUGGGAACGAAACGAUUUUACCGACGAUACCGAUCAAAUGUUGCUUAUUCUCCAAUCACUACAGCAAACUCAAGACGGCCGACUUCAUGCUGCCAACUUUUCCAAGAGGUUAAAGGAAUGGAGCAUUAUCGGUUUUCCAGAGUUGGGCACGCCUCCACGCGGCAUUGGCUACACUGUCGGCUCGACGCUUUCCCAUAGUGACUUUCGAUACAAUCCGCAUAAGGCCGCAUUUGAUAUCUGGGACAGCAAAGGGCGUACACUUGCUGCAAAUGGCGCUGUGAUGCGAACUUCAGUGCUUGGUAUUGAAUCAUUUUGGGAUGAAGCUAGGGUGGUGGAGAACGCUCUUGCAGCGGCCAAAGUUACUCAUGCUGAUCCACGCUCCGUAGUGAGCGCCUUGAUAGCAUCGGUCCUCAUUUCGCGACUGCUACGAGGAGGAGGAGUGGAUAUUGACCAAGAUAGUGCACAUGUCUGGAACGCAAGGCUUCAGCAGGCCCAGUAUAAGCAAGAGCUCCUGGACUACUUACGACGCGGGUCAUAUAUCCAGGGCGAGCAAUCCUCUAACCCUGCAUAUGAGCCGGAGACAGAGCAAAACCUCUUCAAGAAUAAAGAUAAGAAUGCGAUCGCUGAAUCACGCCUCCAGUCUGCCAUGGCAGCAUGGACUUCAUCACCAGAUACUGCUACCCGCAGUUUCGGGUUGGGGAUCGUUGAGAAGGUUGCCAACUUUGUGAAAGGCACGCCUGCAGCCGCUUCCCCCGAUAACUGGAACACAGGACGGCCAACUGUCCAACUGAGAAAGAACAUUGGCUGGGGAGGUAUAGAUCAGGUUGGGGGCAGUCAACCUAUGACUGCCUUGGCUAGAUCUGUUGUGAACGACUACAUCUUUUUGCUCCGGGAAACGGACUUGAUACCGUCCACUAUUCGCAUCGAAAACAGUGCACAGGGAAACAAUGCACUUGAUGGUUCUGAGCAGAUUCAGCAGGCCCAUGAUAAGACACUGGCUUCCAUUCAAGAUAAGUGGGCCUACGAGCUCGAGUCCCAUUGUUUCCCUAACAAUUUAGCCCAGCUCGACCUUGGCGAAGGCUCGACGAUGGGGUAUACCUUCAAGUGUGUUGGCGUUGGCUUUUAUGCUGUUACCCGCCAUGAGGACCCUCAACCAAUAGAUAGCGCCUAUAAUGGUCCGGCAGGCCUUUUUCGUGGCAUUAUGGAGCAGGUGACGCUAGAAGCCGGCGAUGCCGAUACUAACGGAGCAGUUGUAGGGUCACUGCUAGGUGCACGAUUUGGGAUUGAAAAAGGUAUCCCUUCUUCUUGGUGGACGGAGUUACGACAUUUUGAGUGGUUGAACCAUGAGGUUAAUGACUUUGCAGAAAGAGUACUGUUAAUGUACGAAGACCAUGAACAGCGGUUACAGCGACAACAGCAGCAGGACACACAACAAUAGAUGUAUACUGUAGGAUGCGUCAGAAGAUGCUAUGUCUCUUUUACGCACUUGAGCAAUUCAUUUUUUAAAUAAAUAAAUGCA